CGGCGCACUCCAUGCUUUCUCACUUGGAGUGAAUGUAAGAGUGCUUUUUCAUUGGAGCCUUGUGCCUGCCGAAGGGAGCAAACCAUUCAUAAAGAAAGAUCACAAAAUGGAUUUGAGGACGGCCAUACUUUCUAUCGUCGUUUACACGAUGGUGCCAAGUGCUGUCUCGUCGGAGGAAGUGGACUGCUCUUUCCAUGACAAGCACCUGGAAAGCUCAAUACACGACUUUGUCGCCAAGCUGCCCGCUAAACGCCUUGAGAAUGUGGACAAGGACGAGGAACAUGCUGCUCAAUUAAACUCUAGCCAGUUUAAAUUCUUUGGUCUGAACUCCCUUCGACCUUUCGGGCCGUUUUUUACUUUCUGCCCGAACGGGAGCAGAGUGGUGCAGUUCGAUUUGGUCAACGAACAACCGUUGGUGGUGAUUGGACCAUUCCCCGGAGAAAAAGGAAAGCAGCACGAAGUCGAGAGCCAAGCAAUUCUUGUGAGAUUCACGGCACAGUUUGAAGUUGAAGGAACCGGAGAGAACGUCAAGCUACAUUCGAGAGUCAACAUGCCGGUGUCGAUGGUGGGGCUGUCUUUCAGGAUUGAAGGGUUGGACGAGAAGAGUGAUGAAGUAGUGGAGAAAAUCGCUCCUUCCCUUCAACCACGCUUUUUUGAGGAUUGGUGGCGUGGCAUACUUUUCUCGGAACUUGAUAUCCUCUUCACUGAAAUUCUGGAGAAGGGCAAAUGAGAACGUGGCUGCCUUUGUGGAUCAACACCGUUGCUUUGUAUAAAUAGCUCAACCUUUUAUUCGCUUGCUGUGCAAAGUUACUUUCUUUACCAUUUCUUGUAGAUAUAUGGAGUGUAUAUUUUCAAUCUUCUUGACGUUAACGCAAUUCUGGCGUUAUUUAAAUGAUGUUUUGAAAGGAGGAAUGCUAUAUCUGUUUUGUUUUCAUAUGAGACGACAACUUUGCUUUGGUAAGCAGACAUUUGUACCCGUAUGACGUAGAUACGUAAUGAGAAAAGCUUUUGAAAAGAAGAAAUAAUAUGUAUUUCCUUGGCGGUAAGCAUAAAAUUGAGUGCUAGUUGGAAAUAUCAAUGGUGCUUGUUACAAAAAAUGCUUUUAACACUGUUUUUAUAUAGUAACAUGCUGUCAACAUUUUUUUUCUAAUAAACAGCUGUACGAAUGGGCGUUGUAC